AUGGUGAAUCUCAGUUUGGAGGAAUGUAAAGAAAAUAGGAGUAGCAAUUUAUCAAAAACUGAUUUUACUUUCCUUGCAAACAUCAGCUCUGCUGUCUUUACAUUCCUUCUUGAAGAUUUGCUCAUAUCUUCUGUAGUAUGCUUCGAAAAAUGCUAUGGAGACGUGGCAGACUUUGUAUUUGUUCUGGACUCCUCUAGCAGUAUUUGGCCUCCAGACUAUAACAGAUUGCGGUCAUUUGUUGAUAAUUUUGCAAAAAACUAUGAUAUUGGACAAGGGCCAUGCCAAAUAAAAAUGGGUGUGGUAUCAUACAGCGACAAGGCACAUGUUGACAUACCACUCGACAAAUACAAAGAUAGAUGGGCUGUAUCAGAUGCAAUUAAAGAUGUUCCUUAUCGAAUGGGACAGACAAACACAGCUGAUGCUUUGGACCUUACAAGGAAAAUGUUUGAACGUCCUUAUCCACAACCUGAAAGACCCCAAGUUGCUAUUAUUGUCACUGAUGGAACAUCAGACAAUCGUUUAGAAACAAGAAGAAAAGCUCAGAAAUUAAAGGAUGCCGGCAUUCAUACAUACUCUGUUGGAGUAGGAAACAAUGUUGAUUUGCAAGAAUUAGUGGACAUUGCCAGUACAUACCCGAAAGGAAUUGUUCGUGUACCAAGCUAUAAAGCUCUUGAACAGAUUGCAAUCAGUUUUAACGUCAAGAAGAUGACAACCCCAGCAUAUGCACCAACUACAGCAAGGAUACCUGAGGUAACAUCACAGAUAUUUUAUCAACUUUCAUCAAAAAAAAUAACUGAAAUUACAACAGCAUCUCAAAUACCUGAAAUUACAUUAACAUUUGAAAAUAGGGAACACAGGGGUAAAAGUGACGAUGACAAAACACAAACCCUGACAACAUUGACGCCAAGCAUAACAUUCCCAAUGGUUAAACAAACAGUGACAAAGAAACCACUAUCGAAAGCUACACCUUCAAUGACAACUUCUAAAAGACUUACUACAACACCAGUAAUGACACUUAUAACAACUACACAUAAAAUAACAAAGACACCCAUGAAACAAACCACAACCGCAGUAUUAACAGACACAAAUACAAACUUGCAACAAACAAAAUUAACACACAAUGUAACAACAUAUUCAACACCAAAGGAACACAAGGAGAAUACAACAGAAUCUACAUUAACACAACUUCAGAAUAAAACAACUGAAUUGAUAUACAACAAAAACUGGAAUAAGACAUUACAAAAUGAAACAGAUACCAAAAUGGUUGAUCACCUUACAUCAUUCACAAGCACAGCAUCAACUGAAAAGACUCUCAUAAUGACUCCACCACGAAGCACACCAGAAUUGCUUACAAAACCUAUCACAGUCACAACAACACACAUUCCGUCAACAAGCCAAAUUCAAACAGAAACUAUGAAAUCAACUUCCCAACAUCCUCAAAUAACACACGUUCACACAUCUAUUGGUGAACAUACAACACAACUCAGAGAUAUUCUAACAACAGUGAUUACACCACUUCUCACCACACCUACCAAACAAACAACUCUAGCUAAAGUUGUACAAACGUCCAUGCCAAUCACAGAUACUGCUAGCAAACUACACGUAGUAACUCAAACAACAAUUGCUUCAUCAACAACAGAUCACACUUCUGCCACUGAAAUACCACUCACCGAUCAAAUUAUGACUAAGUAUAGAACUCAUUCAUCAAUAGAAAAGACUCCAGAAAAUACUACGCCAUCAAGCACACCAAAACUGCUUUCACAACCUAUCACAGAUACAACACAGAUUACUUCCAUGAGUCACAUUCAAACACAAACUGACGAAACUACUGCUAAACUUCCUCACACAGCACACAUUCACACAUCUACUGUUGAAAGCACAACGCAACUCACAGAGGUUCAAACACCUCAGAUUCCAUGGCCGAACAACACAACUGCUGAAAAAACAACGCUCUCAACUCUACCUGAAUAUGUUCAAACAUCUAUGCAAACCACACUUACCACUACCAAAAUGCACACAAAAAAAAACAUGACUACUACUUCAUCGACAACAGAACACAUCAAUGUGACUAAAAUACCACUCACAACUCAAACUAGCAAUCAGUAUACAACUAAAGCACCCACUAUAAAAACACUAGAAACAUCUAUGCCCACCACAAUUUCUGCUCCCACAUUGAGUAUACCAACACAAACAACUAUUGCUUCCUCAACUGCAGAACAUACGACUGUCACUGAACUGCCACGCACUCACAAAACUACAACUCAAGCUACCACAUUCACAUCGACUGUAAAGACUCCAGAAACAACCACACAAACAGGCACACCAGAAAUGAUUACAGCACCUGUCACGGACACAACUGCACACAUUGCAUCAACAACACAAAUUCAAACAGAAACCGAGAAGACAACUUCCCAACUUCCAACACAUCUUUUAACACCUACUACUGAAACAACAACACAACCUGAAUUUAUUAUUACAACUCACACUGCAGAACCUCUAACAGUGACAACAAAACUACCAUCUCUAACAACUCUAGCCGAAGAAGUAGAAACAUCUAUGCCCACCACAAUUUCUGCUCCCAAAGUAAGUACACCAACUCAAACAACUAUUGCUUCCUCAACUGCAGAACAUACGACUGUCACUGAACUGCCACGCACUGACAAAACUACAACUGAAGCUACCACAUUCACAUCGAUUGAAAGGACUCCAGAAACAACCACACAAACAGGCACACCAGAAAUGAUUACAGCACCUGUCACGGACACAACUGCAAACAUUGCAUCAACAACACGAAUUCAAAAAGAAAAAGAAAAGACAAGUACCCAACUUCCUACAACAACACAUCUUAUAACACCUACUACUGAAAAAACAACACAACCUGAAGAAAUUCUUAAAACUCACACUGCAGAACCCAUAACAGCGACAACAAAACUACCAUCCCUAACAACACUAGCCGAAGAAGUAGAAACAUCUAUGCCCACAACAAUUUCUGCUCCCACAGUGAGUACACCAACUCAAACAACUAUUGCUUCCUCAACUGCAGAACAUACGACUGUCACUGAAAUGCCACGCACUGACAAAACUACAACUGAAGCUACCACAUUCACAUCCACCGAAAAGACUCCAGGAACAACCACACAAACAGGCACACCAGAAAUGAUUACAGCACCUGUCACGGACACAACUGCACACAUUGCAUCAACAACACAAAUUCAAACAGAAACCGAGAAGACAACUUCCCAACUUCCUACAACAAAACAUCUUUUAACACCUACUACUGAAACAACAACACAACCUAAAGAAAUCAUUACAACUCACACUGCAGAACCUCUAACAGCGACAACAAAACUACCAUCUCUAACAACUCUAGCCGAAGAAGUACAAACAUCUAUGCCCACCACAAUUUCUGCUCCCACAGUGAGUACACCAACACAAACAACUAUUGCUUCCUCAACUGCAGAACAAACGACUGUCACUGAAAUGCCACGCACUGACAAAACUACAACUGAAGCUACCACAUUCACAUCCACCGAAAAGACUCCAGGAACAACCACACAAACAGGCACACCAGAAAUGAUUACAGCACCUGUCACGGACACAACUGCACACAUUGCAUCAACAACUCAAAUUCAAAAAGAAACAGAGAAAACAACAACCCAACUUCCUACAACAACACAUCUUAUAACACCUACGACUGAAACAACAACACAACCUGAAGAAAUUAUUACAACUCACACUGAAGAAGCCAUAACAGCGACAACAAAACUACCAUCCCUAACAACACUAUGCGAAGAAGUAGAAACAUCUAUGCGCACCACAAUUUCUGCUCCCACAGUGAGUACACCAACUCAAACUACUAUUGCUUCCUCAACUUCAGAACAUACGACUGUCACUGAACUGCCACGCACUGACAAAACUACAACUGAAGCUACCACAUUCACAUCGACUGUAAAGACUCCAGAAACAACCACACAGACAGGCACACCAGAAAUGAUUACAGCACCUGUCGCGGACACAACUGCCCACAUCGCAUCAACAACGCAAAUUCAAAAAGAAACAGAUAAGACAACUUCCCAACUUCAUACAACAACACAUUUUAUAACACCUACUACUGAAACAACAACACAACCCGAAGAAAUUCUUACAACUCACACUGCAGAACCUCUAACAGCGACAACAAAACUACCAUCUCUAACAACACUAGCUGAAGAAGUAGAAACAUCUAUGCCCACCACAAUUUCUGCUCCCACAGAGAGUACACCAACUCCAACAACUAUUGCUUCCUCAACUGCAGAACAUACGACUGUCACUGAACUGCCACGCACUCACAAAACUACAACAGAAUCUACCACAUUCACAUCGACUGAAAAGACUCCAGAAACAACCACACAAACAGACACACCAGAAAUGAUUACAGCACCUGUCACGGACACAACUGCACACAUUGCAUCAACAACACAAAUUCAAAAAGAAACAAAGAAGACAACUUCCCAACUUCCUACAACAACAUAUCUUUUAACACCUACUACUGAAACAACAACACAACCUAAAGAAAUCAUUACAACUCACACUGCAGAACCUCUAACAGCGACAACAAAACUACCAUCUCUAACAACUCUAGCCGAAGAAGUACAAACAUCUAUGCCCACCACAAUUUCUGUUCCCACAGUGAGUACACGAACUGAAACAACUAUUGCUUCCUCAACUGCAGAACAUACGACUGUCACUGAACUGCCACACUCUCACAAAACUACAACUGAAGCUACCACAUUCACAUCGACUGAAAAGACUCCAGAAACAACCACACGAACAGGCACACCAAAAAUGAUUACAGCACCUGUCACGGACACAACUGCACACAUUGCAUCAACAACACAAAUUCAAACAGAAACCGAGAAGACAACUUCCCAACUUCCUACAACAACACAUCUUAUAACACCUACUACUGAAACAACAACGCAACCUGAAGAAAUUAUUACAACUCCCACUGCAGAAACUCUAACAGCGACAACAAAACUACCAUCUCUAACAACUCUAGCCGAAGAAGUAGAAACAUCUAUGCCCACCACAAUUUCUGCACCCAAAUUGAGUACACCCACACAAACAACUAUUGCUUCCUCAACUGCAGAACAAACGACUGUCACUGAAAUGCCACGCACUGACAAAACUACAACUCAAGCUACCACAUUCACAUCGACUGAAAAGACUCCAGAAACAACCACACAAACAGGCACACCAGAAAUGAUUACAACACCUGUCACGGACACACUGCACACAUUGCAUCAUCAACAACUCAAUUCAAACAGAAACAGGAGGCACAUCCAACUUCCUACAACAACACAUCUUUUAACACCUACUACUGAAACAACAACACAAAUGGAGGAAAUUAUUACAACUCACACUGCAGAACCUCUAACAGCGACAACAAAACUACCAUCUCUAACAACUCUAGCCGAAGAAGUACAAACAUCUAUGCCCACCACAAUUUCUGCUCCUACAAUGAGUACACCGACUCAAACAACUAUUGCUUCCUCAACUGCAGAACAUACGACUGUCACUGAACUGCCACGCAUUGACAAAACUACAACUGAAGCUACCACAUUCAAAUCGACUGAAAAGACUCCAGAAACUACCACACAAACAGGCACACCAGAAAUGAUUACAGCACCUGUCACGGACACAACUGCACACAUUGCAUCAACAACACAAAUUGAAACAGAAACCGAGAAGACAAUUUCCCAACUUCCUACAUCAACACAUUUUAUAACACCUACUACUGAAACAACAACACAACCUGAAGAAAUUAUUACAACUCACACUGCAGAACCUCUAACAGCGACAACAAAACUACCAUCUUUAACAACUCUAGCCAAGAAGUAG